UUUCGUCUCUGGCUGGCGCAAGGCACAAGAAGCGAGAGCGCGCGAAGGGUAGAGCCUCGCUGGCCAGAUACCGUUUGUGGAAGCGGCGUCGCUCGCUUUGAAGCUGUGGAAAGUGAAGAAGAUUCUUGACUAUAAAAGAUGAAGAGGCUACUUUUUCUGGUGCUGAUUUCUUUCUGCUGGGCUGAACAUCAUGCUGCUAACUUCACUCUGGAGCAUGAUAGAAUAAUUCACAUUCAUGAAAAUGGACCUCAGCUUCUUGUCAAAGCAGAACAAGCUAAAGUUUUCUCACAUCGUGGUGGCAGUGUUACUCUGCCAUGUAAAUUUUACCGUGACAGUACUUUGCCUGACUUAGGACUCCAUAGAGUUCGUGUCAAGUGGACCAAACUCACCUCAGAUUACCUCAAAGGAGUGGAUGUGUAUGUUGAAAUGGGCUACCACAAGAAAAGUUAUGGAAAUUACCAAGGAAGGGUAUUCCUGAAGAAAAGCACUGAAAAUGAUGCCUCGCUUGUAAUCUCAAAUUUAAUGCUGGAGGAUUAUGGGAAAUACAAAUGUGAAGUCAUUGAAGGUUUAGAAGAUGACACAGCUGUUGUAUCUCUAGAAUUGGACGGCAUUGUAUUCCCUUACUUCCCACGACUGGGUCGCUAUAAUUUAAAUUUCUACGAGGCUCAGCAAGCCUGCCUCGACCAAGAUGCAGUUAUAGCUUCAUUUGACCAGUUAUAUGAAGCAUGGAGGUCAGGACUGGACUGGUGCAAUGCGGGCUGGCUCAGUGAUGGGUCAGUACAAUAUCCAAUCAGAAAUCCCAGGGAUCCUUGUGGUGGGAAGAACACAGUGCCUGGAGUCCGGAAUUAUGGCUUCUCGAAUAAAGAACAAAGCAAUUACGAUGUCUUUUGUUUUACCUCUCAUUUAACUGGCCGUUUUUAUUACCUAAUACAUCCGACCAAGCUGACCUACGAUGAAGCAGUGCAAGCCUGCCUCAAUGAUGGUGCACAGAUCGCUAAAGUAGGCCAAAUGUUUGCAGCCUGGAAACUCCUAGGAUACGACCGCUGUGAUGCUGGAUGGCUGGCUGAUGGCAGUGUCCGAUAUCCCAUCUCCAAACCAAGGAAACGCUGUAGCCCCAACGAAGCAGCAGUACGCUUUGUGGGUUUUCCAGAUAAAAAGCACAAGCUGUACGGUGUCUACUGCUUCAAGUCAUACCAGUGAAUGGACCUAGAGCAUGACAGUGUCCAGUCCAUCAUGAACAUGUGAAGGAUUGUGUUUCAGUAUGAACUUAUGCAAAUUACCAAAACUGUGAUAAAUCUUUUUUUUUAACUUACUGUAAGGAGUCAUUUCAUAAAAACAACCCAUUAAUUUGUUUGGUUAUUAGCUUUUCUUUUUUAAAAAAGAUCAUCCAAUAGAUAUUUUAAAUUAAUAUAAUUUAAAGAAAGCUCUAGGUAAGGAAGUUCUUGAAAUGUAACUCUUUAAGCUAAAUAAUUUCAACCAAAUGUAUUUUUCUUGAAUGGGGCAUGCAAUAGCUUGAUGAUUGCUAGGACUCACUUAAGGAAUGUAAGGCUUAUCAAAGGAUAAAGUUUACAUAUUUGCAUCACAUUAAAAUAUACCAGAGAAUAAUGACUGAGAUCUGAUAUUAUGAACUGUAUUCAUCUUGUAUUAACUGCCAUUCUGUGUGGUUUUGUGAGCAGUUAAAAAACAAAGAUGUGAAUGCUAUUUAAAGCAACAGUGUUUUAUGAAGUCUUCAACAUAAAAAAAUGUUUCACUAUUUCAAACCAUGCCUUUUAGCAAACUCUGGUAAAGAAUCCUGUAACAUUCCAUCAAGCACAGUUAAAUCUUCUGAACAUAUUCCUGGUUUUCUUAUGUAUGCAGUAGAAAAUGUGUGUAUGAAUAAUUAAAGAGUGGAGCCAAUUUUCUUCUUAACACAAACUAAAUAUGCCUGAAAUGUAUUACAUUACUUUGAAUAGUUUUAUGAACUUUUAUAUUCCUGCAGCUGUUGUUUUAAUUUUAAAAUCCAUUUUGCUAAGCAGCAUUUAGCUUUUACUCAGGGCAGUUAUCUAUAAAUGAACUGCUGGACAGAAACACACACACGUAUUAAAUAUAGCAUCUUGAUUUCAUUGUAGCUUUUAAGUAUUAUUGCCUUUAUAAAUGAAAAUUUUAAAUAUUUAAAAUUUCUUGUCUUAGUCGCGUAUGUCCAAGAUAAACAUUUGAAUUUUGAAGCAUAUUCUCUCCUCUAUAAAUAAGAGGAAGAUAUUUUUUAUCCUGUUUAAGAAAAGGAGAAAUAUUUUCAUACUGAGCGCUCUUGAUAAAGUCAGAGCUGUUCAUUUAUUUUAAUGGAGACAUCAACUCCCCAUAUGCAUCCUAUUACGCCUAGUAUGGUCCAUUUGCUUGUGAACAAAGAAACACUUUGUGCAUAUUGGAGCUCUUGUGUCCCCAAGAAAAUACAAUUAGUUGUAGCUACAUUUUAAUUGGGAUGAUUUGGUCACUAUUGGAAUUUUCAGAUAUUUUCCCAGAUUAUUUUCUAUAAUACCAAAAUAUGCUGAGUUACAGUCUGUAUAGGACAAAUGGCCUGUUAACCUUCUUCAGCCUAAUGUUCCCAGAUAUGUGGGACUUCAUGUAGCCAUGAUCCUUGGUAACUUGAGAGUUUGAUUCUAAAACAUCAGGAAUGCAUAUGAUCGUUCUGAUGGAAAAUAAAGGCAGCAAAGUAUAGUAAGCACUGGAUGGAACUGCUUAGAAGAAAUAGCUCUGAUAAAACAAACAUUAGGCUAUGACUAAAUUAUGUUUAAAACACUGAAAGAAAUUACAGAUAGUGUAGGUCUUGCUGUGAUUUAC